AUGCUAUUGCACUUUUGUUCAAUCAGUGGAAGGUAUAUGUGUCCAAAUACAUGUGGUCGAAGUUACAAAGAAAGACACAAUCUUAUUAGACAUUUAAGAAAAGAAUGUGGUGUUGCUCCUCAACAUAAAUGCAUCCAGUGCUCAAAAGCUUUUAAGCAUAAAGCACAUUUAACUAGACAUUUAUUAUCCUGCUCUAAUAUUCCUCCAAGUUUUGAAUGUAUAUUUUGUGGUAGGAUGUUCAGAUGUUUAUUAAGCCGUUGGCCAUGUAUGAACAACUGUGGUAGAAGCUAUAAGAACAAAGGCGACUUAAUACGACAUAUUAGAAAAGAAUGUGGUAUUCCUCCUCAAUACAGUUGUGAUACUUGUCGUAAAAUGUUUAAACAUGUUCAUCAUUUAAAGUCACAUAUGAUCGUAGUACAUCAGAAACUAUUUAAAAGCAAUUAA